AUGGCCUUUUCGUUAUUUCGCUAUUUAUCUAUCAAAAAGUCAAUUGUUUUUGCAAGAGCAGUGUGGAGGUUCGGACGUCCUAUACACUUCACCAGGAUUCACACUGAUCUAUCUAUCUAUCUAUCUAUCUAUCUUCCAGAAUUUGACCGAAGUGGUAUAUUAAAUUUCAAGAAUUUUUCCUUUGCUUCUUCAUUUAUCUCUUUUUCACACUCUUUAUCUUUUACUUUCUUUCCUUUAUUCCCUCUUUUUUCUUCCUUUUUAUUUACUCCUCUUUUUAGCUCUCCUCUUAUUUUUCCUUUUUUCCUUUCUCUUUCUACUUUGACUUCUUUAUCUCUUUUCUUUAUUUCUCCUACUUUCUAUAAGUUCUUUCAUUUUCCUCUUUCUUUUUUCGUUUGGAUCUCUCUAUCCCCAUUCCUCUUCUUCAUCACUUCUUUUUCUAGAUUUGUAGUUAUUUUUCAGAUUUUUUUUAAUUCCUUCUCUUUUAAUAUAAUCUUUCCAUUACUUUAUUUUUAUUUCUCUUUCUUCUUCCCCCCACCCCGUUUUUUCUUCUUCUCUUCGUUCUCUUUUAGCAUCUCACGGUUUUUCUCUCGAAUUUUUUUAUUUCUCAGUUUAUCUUAA